AUUUCUUAAACAUUGACAACGUUGUACUGUGAGUUGACGUGUCCUCUUCGUGGCAAGAUUUGCGGUUUUUCUUGUCAAAAUAUCGUAAAAAUCUUGUAGAUGUGUAUUUCUUCAUUUGGCCAAACAUAAGGCAGCAAUCUUCGCUAAGCUCUUAUCGUAGAUACACACAGAGAAAAUGGUUAAACCAGUGCGAAAAUCAUCGAAUAAGAAUCCUCCAAUUUUAAGUCAUGAAUUUGUUAUACAAAAUCAUGCAGAUAUUGUUUCUUGUGUGGCUAUGGUUUUUGUCGUAGGCCUUAUGGUACAAGCGACAACACCAUUGGCUUCAGUGUUUAUUACCCUUCACCAUAACGUUACCGGAGACCAUGGUGAUAUACCAUUGUACUUACCAGGUUUCAAAGACACUGCAGCAGUGUUCUUUUAUAGUUUAAUUUGUAUUAUCGUACACGCUAUCCUUCAAGAGUAUGUCCUAGAUAAAAUAUCGAAGAAACUUCAUUUAUCCAAGUCUAAACUAGCAAUUUUCUCUACCAGUGGACAGUUAUCAGCGUUCUACCUUCUUUCAGCUGGUUGGGGACUUGAUAUUGCUCUCAGAGAGCACCUGAUCCCAGAUUUUGGUAGAAUAUGGUCAGAAUAUCCAACUCCGAUGUUCUUUUUGUUCAAAAUGUACAUCAUAGUUCAGCUGGCGUAUAGUCUUCAUGAGUUACCUGAGUUGUAUUUCCAAAAAGUGAAGAAAGAAGAGUGGACUAAGAAGGGUACCUUGAGUUUAGCUGGUUUUGUUUUAGUUUUGAUUCCCUAUGUUUUGAACUUUAACCGUUUAUUGGUGGUUUUAUUGGUACUCAAUCACACAGCUCAGUUGGUAUAUCAUGGUGCUCAAUUGUUACAAACAGUAGACAAAGAAGAAAAGUUUACUAAAGUGACUAGAUUGGCCUCCACAGUAGUCCAAAUUGUAGCCUGCCUGGGUAGUACCAUAAUUGCUGUGCUGACGCUCUGGUACGGACUCUCAUUGCGCGAGAACCAAGUCCUGGACAUCCAAAACGGCCAGUUCAACGUACCGCUCAUAAGAUUCUCGGUUUUGGCUGGAAUCAUUGUGCUCCAGACCUAUCUGAUCUUCAAGGUGUUCAGUCAGGAAAUCAGUAGAUCUAAGGAAAGCGUUAGUGCGACAACCGUGCCAAAACCCAGGGCGCAGAAGAAGGAAAAAUCAAAGAAAGCAAAGAAAAGUGAAGAAUCUGACUUACCUGAAGUCGACCAAAACACCAACAAAAAUCUGAGAAAACAAAAAGUAAAAUAAACUUUGACGUUGAAGGUCUCAAAAAAAUAUGACAGAUUUUUUUCUGUAUUCUCUUGACUUUUCGCGGCUUUUCUUUGACUAUGAUACAGGAAAAAAAAACACUGACUGCUUCCCUAGAAUAAUUAAAACCCAUCCUUAUUCUCUCUAGAUAUCUAGAUAAUUUAUUUUUAGGAAAUCUAUUUUAAAAAA